GCAUAUAACGGUUUGUAAAAUAACACCAACAUUACCACAUUAUAGUAUCAAGAUUCUAACAAAACAUAAGGCAAUGAGCAGCUUGAACAAGAGGUUUCUAUUGGCGGAAGCUACAAUAUCUGUUCUUUUACUUGUCUCACUCCACAUUCAUAAAAUCCGCACUGCUGAAAUUGACGUCAUUUCAUAUUCAAGGUUCUUGACAGAAGCAGACACGUUGGUCUCACCGGCCGGAAUAUUUGAAUUGGGGUUUUUCAAGCCACGAAGCUCUGAGAACAAAUACAUUGGUAUUUGGUACAAGAACAUAUCUGUUAAGACAGUGGUUUGGGUCGCCAACAGGGACCUCCCAGUCACGGGUGCAUCAUCCGGCAUGCUGAAAAUCGUUUCUCCUGGAACUCUCGUCGUCAUGAACGGCCCCAAUGAUGUAGUCUGGUCAUCCAAUUCAACGUCAUCAGCCAACGCAAUUGUACAACUUGAGGACACCGGAAAUCUAGUCGUCAAAGAAAGAAUUAACGACAAGAUUCUCUGGCAGAGUUUUGAUUAUCCAACUGAUACACUUCUACCUGUCAUGCAGUUUGGGAGAAAUUUAUUGACGGGGAAGGAAUGGAAACUAUCGUCAUGGAAGAGUGAUCAAGACCCAGCUCCAGGUGAAUUCACGUGGAGCACCGACACAAGCGGCUAUCCUCAGAAUCUACUAAAACAAGGCACAUCAGUCAAGUUCCGAGCUGGACCAUGGAAUGGUGUAUGGUUUAGUGGCGGUUCUGGGUUCAACCGGAAUAUCAUUAAACCAGAUAUGAUUAUUAAUGAAACGGAGGUGGUUUACAGAUAUUUUAUUGUUGACAGUUCUGUCGUGUCAAGGAUCACUUUGAAUUCAUUUGGGCAGCUAGAACGUCGGGUGUGGGAUGAUGAUAAGAAAUGGCAGCUUACCUUGCAAUUACCAAAAGAUAUCUGUGAUACAUACAACAUCUGUCAGGCUUAUGGAGCAUGCACCGCUUCGACCACACAAAUAUGUGUUUGUUUAGAUGAGAGAAGAUUCGUCCCCAGAAACCAAAAGGGAUGGGAGAGAGCAAAUUGGUCAGAUGGUUGUGUGAGGCGAACACCAUUGGAUUGCAAAAAUGGAACCGAUGGGUUUAUUAGGUAUUCUUAUUUGAAAUUGCCGGACACACAGAUUUCAUGGUUUAACAUGAGCAUGACCACGAAAGAAUGUGAAGCAAAAUGCUUGAAGAAUUGUAGUUGUACGGCCUAUGCAAAUACAGACGUCAGACAGAAAGGAAGUGGCUGCUUACUGUGGUUCAGUGAACUCAAGGACAUAAGAGUCUCCUUUGAGGGAAAUGGUCAGGAUAUCUUUGUAAGAAUGGCUUCCUCGGAAUUAGAGAAGAAAGGAAGGGAAAACAUGAAAAUCAUCUUACCUGUAGUUUUUCUGGGGGUUCUUCUGAUAGGCUUGAGCUCUACAUGGCUCCGGUAUAAAUGGAGAAAGAGACAUCACGCACAACCAACGAGGGAAGGGGAAUUCUUACAUGUCGGUGAGAGCAAGAGAGAUGCCAUGGAGCUACCAUUGUUUAGCUUUUCUACAAUAGCUAAAGCUACCGCUAAUUUUUCACAGGAAAAUAAAAUUGGAGAAGGUGGAUUUGGACAAGUUUAUAAGGGUAUGCUAGAAGAAGGAUUGGAGAUUGCAGUUAAGCGUUUAUCUAAAACUUCAAGCCAAGGAAUUGAUGAGUUCAAGAAUGAAGUCAUUUGCAUAUCAAAACUUCAGCACCGAAAUCUUGUUAAACUCCUAGGAUGUAGCAUACAAAGAGACGAAAGGUUGUUGAUAUAUGAAUACAUGCCAAACAGAAGCUUAGACUCGAGUAUAUUUGACAAGACACGAAGCAUGCUACUUGAUUGGAGUAUGCGUUUCAACAUUAUCAAAGGAAUUGCUCGAGGACUUCUUUAUCUGCAUCAAGAUUCACGAUUAAGAAUCAUCCAUAGAGAUCUUAAAGCUAGCAAUGUUCUACUUGAUCUGGACAUGAACCCUAAGAUAUCAGACUUUGGGAUGGCUAGAAGCUUUGGAGGAAACCAGACUCAAGCAAACACCGAGAGAGUUGUUGGCACAUAUGGUUACAUGUCGCCUGAGUAUGCACUAGAUGGUGUUUUCUCAAUAAAAUCAUAUGUAUUUAGCUUCGGUGUUUUAGUGCUGGAGAUUGUAAGUGGGAAGAAAAAUCGAGGAUUCAUUCAUCCAGAGCAUGACAAUAACCUCAUUGGACAUGCUUGGAGAAUGCAUAAUGAAGACAGGUCCAUGGAACUCAUUGAUACAACUUUAGGCCAAUCAGUUAACUCAUUGGAAGCUAUAAGAUCAAUUAUAGUGGGCUUGUUGUGUGUUCAACAAAGCCCAGAAGACAGGCCAAACAUGUCAUCGGUUGUUCUAAUGUUGGGCAACGAGGGUGCAUUGCUAAAACCUAAGCAGCCAGCAUUUUUCACAGAAAGGAACUUACUUGGUGCGGAUUUCUCUUCAUCAAGCACUUGCCCAACAAGUUCAACCAACGGUUUAACUGUUACAAAGGUAGUCGCUCGAUAGAUAAAACAUACAUAGCUUCAACAUUAGUUUUUUUCUUUUUGUGGUUCUUAUUAGUACCUUCAAAUAUAAGGCCAUCUAUAACUUGUUGACCAUACUGCUUUUGUUGUCAGAUAGUAUAUGGUUCUAUAGUAUGAUUAGUAUCUAUUGUUUCUUUUGUUGAAGAUAACAUUCAAAUGGGGAAU